AUGUCGGCUUGGUAUUGGCGAGUGAUUGCCUUAAAAGCGGUAUUCGCGUUAACUUGUUUUGUUUCUUCUCUACGUGCUGAUGAUACGGUGCAAAAAUUGCCUUUCUGUAAUCCCACAACCUCGAAGGAAACUCCUAAUUUCAACGACUUGCUAAUUGUUAGCACUUUAGAUGGAAAGAUCUCAGCUUUCGCCACCGAAAAUGGUAUUAAGGCCUGGGAUUUGGAGACUCAGCCAUUAUUGUCAUCUAAUUUACAUAAUGUUGAGCUAACAUCAGAUGGAAAAUGGGUUCGUCUCGUGCCAUCCCUCCGUGGCACUUUGUACAGUUUGAGUGGAGAUUCAAUCGAGCCCUUGCCAUUCAGUGCUGAACAAUUAUUGUCUUCGUCAUUUAAAUAUUCAGAUGAUAUGGUGAUAGCUGGUGCUCGAGAAACGUUAUGGCUAGGUGUUGAAGCUCAAUCAGGUAGUGUUAUAUAUGAGUGUAGCUCAAGCGGCUGUAACUCUGAACAACAAACAGCUGGGGCGGGCCGAGAUAUGAUUGUGUUGAGACGAUACUCAACCACUGUGAGAGCUUUGGAUCCUCGAUCUGGCAGUGAGAAAUGGAACUUCAGUGUGGCUGAACACCAGUUGACUUUGAGUCGUAGGGAAUGUCAUGAUAAAAGUAAACCUCGUGUGGUUGCUGUAGCCGUUGCUCUGCCGGACGGUGAAGUUGUUGUUAAAGAUCCCGAAACCAAGAUGGCCAUUUGGCAACAGAAGUUAGAGGCUCCCGUAGUAAACAUGUGGCGUCUUCAGGGAGGUUUAUUGGAGAAUUUGGACGUUUUAUUGGAAGCCUCACAGGCGCUUGUUGAAGUCAACGCGCCCGCAUAUCCGUCACUGUAUUUGGGAAUACAUAACACACAACUCUAUAUUCAAGAGAGCGCCAUCUAUGCACAAAAGCUGGAAACAGCUGUAGUGACGAAACCGAUCCCUUGGAAGUUGAAGAAGUCCAGACCGCUGUUAACAGAUGGCAGCACCGCUUUGACAACUGUGGAUGAAGAUAACUCACUAUCAGUGGUCAGCAUACCGGGGAAAAUUGGGAAUACAGAAAACAAGGGCUUCUUCCUCUAUCUCCAAGACACGUGUGACAAGUCAUUACAAGUUGACGAGGAAAUGAUUCCCGACAUAGUAGCACCAAACAGUAGCGGUGAUACCACGCACCACCACGUACACGUACACGUAUACUCAUUGUGGUUCUGGUGGAAAGAAGUACUUGUUAUAGCUGUUAGCUCAGCAUUAUUACUGAAUUUAUUAAUAUGGCCGAGAUUUUUCCCCCCAAAACAAUUAGCCCCCGUACCAAGAAAGAAGAGGGAAUUCGUUGUGGUCAGACACACGCAUUUCGAACAGAAGCCGAGUAAUGAGUAUUCGGGACGAUACGAAAACGAUUUCACCACGUUGAAGUAUCUUGGUAAAGGUGGCUUUGGUGUUGUGUUUGAAGCUAGGAAUAAGAUUGAUCAUUGUUCGUAUGCUGUUAAGAGGAUAACUCUACCGAGACGUGAAUCUCAACGUGAGCGCGUACUCCGUGAGGUCCGGGCCUUAGCUAAACUAGAACACGAGCAUAUCGUGAGGUACUUCAACGCUUGGGUCGAGGAACCUCCGCCGCAUUGGCAGGAAAUGAGGGAUAAACAGCUCAUGCAUGACUUGGGAGGAGUUUCACUAGUGAUGUCCGACGACUACACCUCCCCCACCUCCCCGCCCGCAUACAACGUGAUGUCUAAACCUACCAAUUGUGACGUCAUGUUGAACCUUCAAAAGUCCAUCGAUAUGGAGUAUGAGAAAAAGUUGCCAGAACCAAGGAGGCUGAGAUCGCAGAGCUGCAACGAUUCAUUCACCGUUGAAUUCGAUGACGAAGCUUCUAAGCCGCAUUUGACGUCCGAAAGUUCUAGAAGGGGUGACGUCACAAGUACAAUCUCAAAGCACGCGGCAGCUGACAAUGACGAUUCAUUCAUAGUGUUCGCUAACAGUAAUGCGGAACAUUCUGGAUUAUCCGAAGCUAGACGGGACGUGUCCAAUAGGAUAUUAGAGAAAAUCAAGGAGUCUGAAGGAUAUAGAACUAGCAGCGUAGUGAGCCGGUCUAGGAAAAAGAAAGGACACACUCGUCACUGGUCCCUAGACAUGGUUGUGAACAGUGAACACAGCAAGAUGUACCUGUACAUACAGAUGCAGCUCUGUAAACGAGACAGUCUGCACGACUGGCUGAGGAAUAAUAGUACGUGGGACUCGAGGAGAAAUAUGGUGAAGCCUCUCUUUAGUCAGAUAGUAUCAGCAGUGGAGUAUGUACACAAAGCCGGUCUUAUCCACCGAGAUCUUAAACCCCGGAACAUAUUCUUUGCUCUUGAUGGAAAGGUCAAGGUUGGUGAUUUUGGCCUUGUGACCACAAUGACUGAUAACACAACGGACACACCAACAGAAUUGAAUACAAAUGCCUUACAUACACAUAAAGUUGGUACCCAUCUGUAUAUGUCUCCGGAACAACUUCAAGGUAGAUCAUACAGUUACAAAGUCGAUAUAUUCUCACUGGGGCUUGUGUUAUUUGAAAUGCUUCAUCCAUUUGGAACUGACACCGAAAGGAUCAAAUGUCUGAUGAAUGCCAGAUGUGGCAAAUAUCCACAGGAUUUUGUCAGCGAUUAUCCCAAUGAGACCGAAGUGUUAAAACUAAUGCUAAGUGAAGAUCCCAACCAACGUCCCACAGCAAGAGGUGUGAGAGCUCGAGCUCCUUUAUACCACUGUACAGAUGAACAUGUGACACAAAAAACACAUUAUGGUGUCAACCUUCCAUAG